AUGCAAUUGGUCGGAGAAUUGCAAACAUCCGUGACGUUGGAUGCACCACUACAGGAGAAGGAGCACAUGUCUGUGCCUCCUCGGCCUGUUUCGGUCUCAGACGGCGGGUUCACCCUUAAUCCUCAGCUGCUUCAAAUGUUUCCACAGCUUCAUCAUUCUCAACUUUUGAACAUAGCUCGACACAAAGAGGUCUAUCUGGAGCUUGCAGGUGCUCCACUGCACUAUGGCACUGAUGUGCGCACGGGCCGAGAUAUCUUGAUAUACGACAUAUCCCUCACGUGCGGAGGUGUCGAUAUUACUGCUGCUGAGUUCCUAACUCUUUUAGACCAGCUUUGCUGUUAUAUUUCUCUUACUACCCCACCGCAGCAACUAGACGCUUCACGGCCCUACGGCCCGCAAAUUAGAGGCAUUGCUGCUGCUACUGAUUUAUCUGCUUGUGCACUUGAUGCACACGACAGUUCUUCACCUCCAGCUGGCGCAGCCAAGGAUACUGCGGAGCCGGGCACUACACCCAAGCCUGAUCACCACCCCGCAAGUACAUCACCAGUAGCAGCUUCCGGCAUGAGUCUACUAACACGACUAGCCAGCGAUGCUAUAGAUUUUGCCCACACCUCCUCAAAUCAUAUGGGGACAGCAAAGGAUGUUACUAGCGACCAUGACACGGUGGACGAGUUUUCGUAUGUUAGAGAUAGGAAAGUCCUUACGUACAUCAAGCAAGGAAUUGAUGCAGGAUUGCAGAAAAGUAUACAGAUAAAGUUUUUCCCCAGAGUUUUUUCGAGAUAUUUCCUCAAGGUACUGCAGGCUUACAUCAAUUCCCGAGACAAGAAACUAAUCGUGGUCACUGAAAGUUUUCAGGGCCUAUUCCUAUCAUCAUUAUUCAUUAAAAUCAAGGCUAAUAGCCAGGGCACACGCAGGUUGCAUGACAGCCUUGUUCAAAAGUACUGUUGCAACCUUAUAGAUUCGUUGCUCUAUGUCUCGCAACAUAAAAUUAGUUUAAAAGGAUUGGACCCUCGCUGUAUUGUUGUCGACACGCAGCAAUGCAUGCUUCGCCUUUUCCCCUCUGCAUUUCUUGUGUCAGUGACACGCGCAGACGAAAUGAUAUACAGACACCCGACUGAGCUUUAUAUGUCCUUCUUCACAGGGCUGGGGCUAUCUCCUCGUGAUUUCUUUUGGUAUAAAUCAUAUAUUGGUCAAGCCUUAGCGUACUGGUUGAGCAAGUACAAUGAAUUUUUGAAUCUCGAAAAGAACACUCGUCUCUCUAACCCUUCUGUUGACCAUAGACAGCGAGACUGCCGGGAUUCUCAGAGCAUUUCUCACGAAAAUAUCAACGGCCUGUUCUAUCAUAUUUAUAGUGAAAACCUUGAUGACGCAGAAGACUAUCCUUCUUAUUUGUCACUCAGUACAGGAUUCAAAGCCACAGGAGAUGCACCUGUUGACACUCAAGGGCCCGGGGUUCUACAAGGGGUAGGUGGGUCCGUGAUGCCUGCUUCUUCGCCAUCCUCUGGAAGGCUGGUUUGGACGGGCUCGAACGAAGUGAUACCGUAUCCAGAUACAGCAAGGGGAUCCGCUACUCUCGACCAAGGCACCCUAGCUUCUAUUGCGUCUGGCCAGGGAGAUCAUGUUCACCGUGGCGCUAGCAUACCAAACUUUCUUGCAGCGGACAAGCCUGCAAUUUGUCCAGCUUUCAUCACUUCAUUGGACACCAACACCCGAACAAAGCAAUUGGGUUCAGGCUCGGCGCACACGUGUACCACCAGCUUUAACUGUCCGUGCAUUCUCUACCUUUUCCUGAAGCGACUCCUGGUCUUGUCUACUAUUUAUAUGCCUCUCUUUUUGAAACAUCUCACCGCAACCAUCAAAGACCAGUUCGAGGCAGACUUCUCCUGUCAAUCUCGACACGGUAUUGGCUCCCCUCGUGAUGCACGGUUGUUUAAGCUGCUGACAGAUUUCGUAGGGUUUCCUAUUGAUAAUCCACUGUUUCAGGAGAACGAAAAGGCGGAGUAUGCAUACAUCAUCUCCCCGCAUUGUAGCAAGUGCUGCAAGGUUCUUCGUGGAAUGAUAGCUCGGUUCAGGCCUGCGACUGAGUUAGCGAUAGCUUCUUUGGACUGUGGAAGUCAGGGCUAUGCGUCUUACUCAAAGAUUCCGUCUAGUCAGCAGUAUCGAAUAGAGAGGUCAGCAAGUGGCAACCUUUCAAGUGCCCCGGUAUCCCAUCAUUGUUUUAGUUUUCCAUUGGAAGACACGGGCGGAGAUGCUGCAGGAUCUCAAUGUGUUAAGACCAAGCCGUCCGAAAAAUAUCUAAAUAAGCACAGGCUAUCAAAGAUGGCAGAUAAGUUGGAGCUCACUACGGCAAUGGGAUCUGAACUUGAUGGCCGAGUUGGAUCUAGCGCUGUAACAAAUGCCAAGAGCCCGCAGGAUUGCGACUAUGACCAAGAAUUAGUACAAUUUUCUCACGCUCACCUAUCUGCCUUUACUAGGGGCUCUCCGGAAGCAAAACUUAUUUCAUCGGCAGGAAAAUCAAAAGAAAAGCCUACGCCCAAAGACUUGGGAGAGGCUCGUGACCAGAUACUACCCCCUAGUGAUCAUCAGCAUGGCUAUGAUACAGGAAGGGCAGUGUUGGAUCUGUGCGUAAGCUCUCCCAAUGUGAGUCAAGAGCUCUCCGAGAGUCUUGAAGCGGAUGUAGUACAAGGCCAUGGAGACGAUAUAGAUGACUUCGGGUUACUUGAUUUUGGAAUGCUCAAGCCUGUUGCUAUUCGAAAUGUCUAUAGCUUAGGUCUUGUGAUGCUCUGUAUUGCAACAGGAGCGGAUCCGUGGACUCAAGAGGAGUAUCUCAUAGAUGGAUUGCUUAAUGAGAAGCUUCCUACAUCGUUGAUAGACGUUCAGAAUAAAGAUCUUUGUGAACUAAUCACAAAGUGCAUCGACGGGUCAAAUUGCUUUGGAUCGAUUGAGGCCGUUUUAGAACACAAAUAUUUCAGGGAACAUCUGGAUGUUCUCCAACACCAGCAGCAGAAGGAUAACGCUUCGCAUCAGGAUCAUUUGGAGCAUGCCACUUUACCUGAGAAGGAGAUCUUCUCUGCGAAGACAAGAAGUAAUCCUUUCAAAAUGGGCUAUGGCCACGUAAGAGAGGAUGAGCUGCAACCCAUCAGUUCUUCCGUUGCUACAUUGAUAGCAGAUCCUAUUCACGCCAGUUCUGAACGCAGUAGUACGGGAAGGUUCUCAGUAACAGACUCUGCGCUACACACAGAAGGGAGUGCCACAGACUGUCUCUCAGAGCAAGAUGGAAGCGAGCCAAAGCAUGCUUCCACUAAACAAACCUCGGUCGAUGGACAACUCGCGCGAGGAAGUGCUGGUGUCUCACUGGAUCUCGUGAAGGGUCUAGAUGUGUGUGUGUCAAAGGAUGGAACUACGACACCUCUGGGACCCCCUCCUUACUACCAAGUUACGUCCUCUUUGACCACGAAUACGGUACCUUCGUAUACUCAAAUAGUUACGCCUAAUAGCAGGCAAAGCUCGACUCCGACCAACACAAAUGAGCACACAUGCACAGAUGAUUCCAUGCCACUUUCGCAGCAAGCAUCCGAGUCCAAGCUCCCCUGUGCUUCUCUAGAGCCCACCGCCGUGUCUGCCGCGUCCGUCUAUCCUAAAUAUAAGAGAGUCGAGCUCCUAACACUGAGAAGAGACACAGCUACCCUGGCUGUAAUUUACUUAGUUAACGGGAACGUCGAAAAGAAAAUCACGCACAGCAUUACCAGCGAUGAGGAGCCAGGCAAUAUCUACACUGAAAUGAUAAAGAAAAUGGAGUCUGAGCAAUUAGUACUCAAGCAAACAGAAGCUCUCAAAGACGAUAUUGAAGAUCUCCUAAGAAAAAAGUUCUAUCAUUCGACAGAUUGA